AUGCUUCCGCCAAACACUCGAGUCACGUUGUUUCCCAACAAAAAAAUGGAGAAAUUUCGGGAUUCGAUAAUUCAUCAGAUCGAGACGUUGGAACGCAAAACGUUUCCAAAGAAUGAGAUCAUGGCCAUCAAAGAAGAAAUUUUCAAAAAGACCAACAAUCUCUUGAUCGCCUACUACGAAGUCGAAGUUGAGCAAACUGAGGAGAUACGAGAAUUCGACAAACGUAAUCAGCGCAAUCAACGUCGGGAAAGUUAUAACAAAAAAGUCCAAGUUAAAAUUAUGGGAUAUCUUAUAUAUUCACACAUUUCGUCGACAGCUUUGCCGCUGACGAAAAUUUUAAAAUUGUGUGUCCAUCCGUCUUAUCGUAGAAGUGGAUUGGCCACAAUGCUAUUGAAAUGGGUAUUCGAGAAAACUGGUGUGCCCAAGAAGAGCAGUGCAAAUUUGCAUGUGGACAUAACACGGGAGGGUGCCGUGAGUUUGUACCGAAAGGUUGGAUUCAAGGUCGUAGAACAGGUAAUCGAUUAUUACGAAGUAGGUAGGGAUGCCUUGUUGAUGGAGUACGAAGAAUUGUCAAAUUUUUGA